CCCCAACCUCGUUAAAUCACCCCCACAAGCUCCACUCUCUCAGUCUCUGCUUCUCUCUCUAGUCCAACCCCGCCUCCAUAGUUCAGCUAAUACUCUCCGGCGAGCAGUAUGGGCCUACUUGAUCAGCUCUGGGACGACACCGUUGCCGGGCCUCGGCCAGAUAUCGGCCUCGGCAAGCUUCGGAAGAACCAACCUUUGCGAUCCAACUCCGGCAAGGGAGUUGAUGGCGGGAGCGCGAGAUCGUACGUUGAGGGAUCAACGGAGGAGACGACGAGGGUUACACGGAGUAUUAUGAUAGUGAAACCCCCAGGUUAUGGGAGCGGCGGCAGCGAUUCCACUCCGGCGUCGCCAGCUGGAUCUACUCCACCGGUGUCUCCCUUUUCUGGCAGGGAGUCGUUCCGUUUUCGAAGAAGGUCGGCGUCCGAUGCUUACGACAAGUCACGCGAGGUCGCUGGAGCAAAGAGCCCCCCUUCUUCUUACGAUGUGUGACAUAUGAGCGGGAGGUGUAUAGCAUGCCCCCAGAGGAUGUGCCUUACUUAGUCUCCACGGCAUGUGAUGUCAGUAAGCUGUUACCGAACCAACCAAGGCGGGAAAGAGAGUGCGAUGAUCUUUAUAUGUAGCGCUUAAGUAACUAUGGUAGCUAGAUAAGUUCGAGUGUUUCUGGUUGUGAGGAUGUUUGUUUUUUGAACUGUGUGAAGGUGUUGUGUAAGUUGCAGAUCUUAUGCAGCAGUGGUUUGUGUUUUGUAACAUGUCAUAUGUGAGAGUUGCUAAUCUAAUCUGUAUCGUAUUUCCUUUCAGUGAAUGUUGUUGUAUUUGAUUUCUGCAGUGUACUACAUUACUUGUUAAGUUCCCUUAAGCUCCCUGGUUUUUUGUUUCAUUGAUGUUGAGUUCGGACUUGUUGAAAUUAUAAAUGCACUUGCAGCGGAGUGACAAGUAUUAUUUUCUGAAUA